GAUGUGUCGUACGUCGAAAGCAGUCCCCAGAUCGAGAUCAGGCGCGUCAUUCUCCGCGGUAAGGAUCCCCGCGAUGCGGGAGAAUCCGAAUUUAGAGUCCUGACUCGAGUCUGUCACUUGAUCGCGCACGCAGGCAGGCGACGCCAUGGGCUGAUCGCGGAUCUCGGAAUGCGAAAGCAUCGUCGCGCGUGGCUGUUCGCCGCCCUCCUUCUCCUUGUUCUCGGAUGUUGCGAGGCUCAGGAUGCAGACCUCUGCGCAAAUCUUGGAGCGACGUGCAGCUGCCGUUCGCAGUCUAUAACGUGCACGUCGGCUCCGGACGCCUUACAUGCUCUCCAGGAGCUACAGGUCUCUCGGCGGGCUCUCGACGCCUUUUCAUGUCCCCAUUGCGAUCUGCUCGGUUUCAUGAAGCUAGACGUGGAGGCCGUCGACGUCAACGUAUCAGCCAACAGUAUUAAGCGCAUCGAGUCGGGAUCCGAACGCGUUCAGAAUUUAGACGUGUCACACAAUCGAUUGACAUCAGUCGACUUCGUCCGGAACUUCAUAAAUCUCCGUCGGUUGUUUGCGUCAAACAAUCAAAUCCACGAGCUGUCGCGCCUCCGACUCGAGAGUCUCGUCAUUCUUGAUCUCAGCGUCAACGAAAUCAGAGAAGUCUCCUCCGAUGCUUUCUCGGAUCUCCAAAACCUCGCGGUUCUCAAGCUCGACAAGAACCGCCUGGUGCACUUGAGAUACGAGUGGUUCUUGCAUCUCAUCAAUCUCCGUGAGCUGAGCCUCUCGUCGAACCAACUAGUCGAACUCAACAAUCUUUUGUUCAGGCCGACGACUCGACUGCACUCCAUCGACCUGUCGCACAAUCGCAUCUCACACGUCGGCAUGUUGAGUUUCCAGAACCUGAAGUCCUUAGCUCACCUCAACCUGUCCUUCAACGACAUCACCGCCCUGCCGGGUGAGUUCUGCAAGUCUUUCGACUCUCUGGAAACGCUCGACGUUUCCGGCAAUCCCCUCGAGUCGCUCGCGAAUUUCCGAUCGUUGCCGGCGAAGAACGUCUCCUUGAUCGCUAGGAGGCUGACUUCAAUGAAAUCCAUUUCGCUCAACGACACGAUCGGCCUCGAAGGAGUAACUGUGUUGGACCUAUCGGAGGGCGAACUAGAAACCAUCGAAGCCCACGCUCUCGACCGGUUGACCCGACUCCGAAGCCUCGACCUGAGUCAAUGCUCAUUGAGUUCGCUGCCGAAAGGACUCUUCUUGCCUCUGGUAGCGCUCAAGAAAAUCAAUCUGCAAGGCAACUCAUGGCGCUGCGACUGUGGUCUCAAGUGGCUCCUCUUCUUCUUCUUCCAUCGAAGUCAACUCCAGCUGGAGGGUCCGGGCUCGACUUUCUGUUCGACUGGGGCUCCGUCCGGGAGCUUUGUUAAUCUGGCGAGGCGGGAGCGCCUCCUCGACUUCCUCGAUCGUCGGCUACAAUGCGAGAACGCGACCGUGGUCAACUUCACCAAGACGGCACACUUUCGGUUGGGAUCCACCGCAACGCUCUUCUGCGACGUCAUCGGCACGCCGACGCCGACGCUCGAGUGGCACACGAAAAAAAUCGGUACCGUCGAGACGUGCGGCAACAGCUGCUUCAGGGGCGGAGCCUGCAGCGGUUGCCAUCUCGCGCUUUGGACGUGCCGCAGACAGGAGAAAGCAUGCGAUAACGACCAGUGUCGACGCUCCGCUCAGGAUUGUGCGCGUUCUGCGGAUCUCGAGCAGGUGGACGGCCGAUGCUGCUCGCCUGUGCAUUUGCGCAAGGCCAUAGACGUGUGCUUCACCCCGGCCGAAGCGGAUGCCGCGCAGUGCCUGCAAGAGGUGGGAACGAUAUCCGGUGCGAAUUUUUCCUCGCACCACCUGGAGAAGUGCGUCGAAGAUAAGGUGCAAUGCGCAAUCAAGUGUCGUGAGCAGAUGUGCCGCGAGGAGAUUCGCGAAAAAUGCAUCGAGCCCGCAACGAGCUGCGCCCUGGAUCUGUUUGCGCACGACACUUUUGAAACGAGCGAUAGUUUCAACGAAUGCCAGAGCCGGAUUUGUACCAAGAGGAACAAACUGUACAUAUCAGACGUGUCUCGAGGAGACUCUGGGUACUACAUGUGCCGAACGUCGAACCUGCUGCAAACUCAGCAAGUAGCCGUACAUCUGACACUGGAUUACGACUUCAUGCUCGAUGUCAGAAACUACUCGAUAUUGACCGGUUUCGUAGUCGCUAUCCUUUUCACGCUUGCCACUCUAAUAGGAGUGGGGGUGGAGAAAAUUCUACAGCGUUUUGAUCUGAAAUGCCCCUGCGAUGCGGACGGUCCAGUUCGGAGACAAAAUGUUGUCAAGAUAUUAGAGCAGAUCGAAGGCUACCGACGACAAAACCUCGAACGGCUGCGAGAAAACUACAACUGGCAGGUCGCUAGAAUCAAGGAGAACUGCAUUCUCCAGAUGGAUAGAGUGAAGGACUCUUACAUAGCUGAACAGACGGGGAAGAUAAAAUGUUAUGGAUCAUCACAAAUUUGGGCGAUCAAGGACAACUACAUAGGACAGGUUCAGCGCGUACGAGAUUACGGCAACUGUCAAAUGGAUUGGCUCCGAGAAAAUUACGUUUUCCAACGGAAUAGAAUCCAUAAAUACUCGAAACAUCAGCUGAUCCGACUGCGGGAGAACUACAAGCUCCAGCAGAAACAUUUGAACAAAAUUCUCGAGACUUUACCAAAUCUUGAGUCGUGCAGAAAGGGCUUCUACAGCGAAACCGACCUCACAGAGCUAAACUUCACCGCUAUGCUCGUACCCCCACCCCCUCCGCCGGAAAGUGUCCUGGAGUUCCCCACGUUCGAUGAAUUCUCCCUGCCUGACAUACAGUCAGGCUUCGGGAGCCAAACAGGAACGAUGCACACUCCCGACGACGGCAGCGUAGUCUCCGCGCAAAGCGAUUGGAAGUCACGGAAGGCCUACCCGACCAUCGAACAAGUCAUCCAGGAAAGGCUCCUGCCCAUCGCAAACGACGCGGCCCUGCGACAAUCAGACAGUGACAAAAAAAUGCGUGGUCACCGCCGGAGCUACUCGGCUCCGAUAACAGACUUCCGAGCCUCUCCGCUGAACGCGUACAGCCAUCCUCCGCCAUUGGCAGAAGUCCGCCACACGGAAGAUCAACUUUCUCCGGAGAAAUUGUCGCCAUGUGAGAACACGGACUCCAGGACAGAAGACUCUCUCAGCACAGCUAAAACAUCCGAUGUCCUAGUCGACAUCGAGCCAGAGAGCCCCGAGACUGACCUUCAAGCACCAACCCCGCUCCCCAAACAGACUGAUCUGUAGUUGAAGAAUGAUACUUCAGUUCGCUUCGCCUUCUUCGUUCAGGGUUUUUAGGAUUUUUUUUCAACUCUUUCCGAUUUCGUGAUGAUGUAUAUAUAGAAUAGGAUCUGACCAAGAAAUAAGGAGAACAGCU